AUGGCACGCAGCACCACAUGGCCUGACAUCUGUGCGCUGCGCUGCCUGCCCAACCGCCGCACGCUCUUCCUCACGCUCUGCGACCUCUCGCUGCCGCUCGUGCAAGAGACUCUCGCAGCACUGCCUGAGAGGCAAACAUGUGAUCCCACGUCGGGGUUCUUCCACAAGCAGACUCUAGCGCGCAUGCGAGACGCAGUGCGCCUGGCGUUCUACCGCCUGCUGCCCAACCGCCACGAGCUCUCGCUCUUCUACCCGCGCGUGCGCAACACGCGCGGCUACUCCGUGCGCAAACCCGUCAAGCUGCCCCCCGGAGAGCUCAGCCUGCCCGAAGAAGACGCGUACCUGACCGGGGAGAGGAAAGGAAGCGUCUGGAGGAAGCCGGAGAGUGGGGGGUUGGGUGGAGGGGAGGGAGGGGGGAAGGGAGGAAGGGAGGGAGGGGGAAAGGGAGGUGGGGAAGGGGGGGGAGGAGGGGAGGGGAAGGGAGUGGGGAACGUGAGUGGGGGGGGAGAGGAAGGGCGCGCGGGAGGGGAACUGGGAGGCGAGGAGGAAACGGGAGAGGGUUUGGUAGGGCGAUGGGAGUCAGGUGGGGGGGAGGUAGGUGGGGAGGAGGAUGCAGGAGAUGGGGGUAGGCAUGGUGGUGUGGGAUGGGGGGCUGGGGGUGAUAGCUUGGGAAGCAAAGGCUAUGGAGAGGGGGGUGCAGAAGGGGGAGUGGAGAGGGAGAACCGAGGAGAUGGGGAAGGAGGGAGGGAGGGUGUGGAAGGGGUGGGGCGGGGUGGGGAUGUGCAUGAGUGGGUGGAGCGAGAGGAGGAGAUGCAGGAGGAGGAUACAGAAGGGGGGCCUCUUUUGGCAAUGUAUGGGGGGGAUGUGGGGGAGGAGGAUAGGGGGGAGGAGGGAGAGGAGGGCAGGGAGGACGGGAGAAAGGAGGAUAGGGAGGAGGAUAGAGAGGAUGGUAGAGAGGGAGAGGAAAAAGGGGGUUUGUUUGUGGAUGAUGGUGAAGGAGAGGGUGCCACAAUGGGGGACGAUGUGUGGGCAAUGGGUACCCUAGGGCAAAUAAUAGCUGGUGCUGCGCUUCAGGGAGCAUUGGGGGCAUUGGGGGGGCUGGGUGGGUUGGGGAGAUUGCAGGAAGAUGGGACGCAGGAGGACGGUGGUGGACAGGAGGACGCGGGUAUGUUCGCAUUCUAUGGGGACGAGGAGGAUGAGGACGAAGAUGACUGGCGCUACUACGACUUCGGCCCCAAGGCGAUCCCGCCGCUACUGUGUCUGGGUGGCGUGGCGGCGACCGCGGACGCCUUCCACAAGCAGGUGCUCGCGCUCGCCGCCAAGGGCUUCCGCGUGAUCGCCGCGGACCCCCCGCCCGUGUGGUCGCACCAGCAGUGGAUUAAAGCCGUCGACCAAUUUCUAGACGCGCUCCGGGUGCACCAGGUGCAUCUAUAUGGCACGUCACUGGGCGGGUUUCUGUUCCAGCUGUACGCGCAGCAGCGGCCGCGGCGGGUGCUAUCACUCGUGCUCUCCAACUCGUUCUUUGACACGCACUUCUUCAACGUUGCCUUCGGCUCCUGGUCCUCCAUGUUCCCCUACUCGCCCGAUUUCGUGCUGAAGCGUCUGGUGCUCUCAGGCCUGAGGGACGGCCCGCACGAGCCACUGAUAGCGGACUCUAUCGACUUUGUUGUCUCGCGCCUGGAUUCUCUCUCUCGCGCUGAGCUCGCUUCGCGCCUCACUCUCAACACGCUGCCUGCCGUGCUGCCGCCACUGCAGCAGAUGCCAGAGCAGAGCAUGACUCUCAUGGACUGCAAUGACUUUGCUGCUGUCGCCUGGCAACUGCGGGACGCGCUGUACACGCGCUACCCCAACGCCACGCGUGCCUUCCUCAAGAGCGGCGGCGACUUUCCCUUCCUCUCGCGAGCCGAUGAGGUGAACCUGCACCUCUUCCUGCACCUGCGCCGAGUGGAUGCUGAGAGAGAGCCUGGGCAUACCGACAUUCUCGCCCCUACUCUUCCUGCUGUGGUUCCUGCGUCUUCUGCCGCUGCUUCUGCCGCUUCUGCGGCUUCUGUGGCUUCUGCUGUCGCUUCUACUGCUGGUGAUGCUUCUUCCGGUUUUGCUGAUUCGCACGCUCAUGCGCUCGCUGCUCCUGCGGGUUCUUCUGCUGGGGCUGUUGAUUCUGCAGCGUCUUCUUUCACCUCUGCUGCUUCUGUCUUCUCCUCGUCCAUCCCUUUGGCUCCGCACGACUUGCCCUCCUCCUCCUCCUCUCUGCCUCUCUCCACGCCUGCACUCCUGGAACACCAUGCCUCGCCGCUAGCUUCGGCCAAUCCUUUCGAUCCUCUUUCACCUCCGCUCGAUCCUCUUGGCCUGGCUUGGCAAGGCUCGCCGCUGCAGCCACCACCACCUUUGGUGCCGGCUCUUCCAGGUACAGGCAUUGGAGCAGGAUUGGGAGGGGGAGGCGUAGGGGAGGCAGUGAGAGGGGUGAGUGGCAGUAGCAGUGAUGUAACUGCAGGGGAGGAUGAUGGGGAGGAGGCAACCAGUGCUGCAGCACAGGCACUGGAAGGGACAGAAGGGGAGGUGCUUUCCAGGGAAGGUACCACUGGGGGUCCCCUUGCAGGGGAGGCAGAGGAGAGGGGCGUGAGGGAGGAGGAGGCGGGGGGAGAGGCGGGCCAGGGGAAUGAGAGUGAGGAGGAGGAGGAAGAGGAGGAGUCAGAUGCCGCGCAGUUUCGGAGCCAGGCGAGUAACUGGCUACGGUUUGUGGAACCGGAACAUUACGGGGAGGAGGAGGAGGGGGGGAGCAGGGCAGAGGAAGAGGAGGGAGAAGAGAAGGGGGAGGGAGUGGAGGAGGUGUCGGAAGGUGUGGAGCGGUUAGCAGUAGGGGACAGCCCGUUGGGUUGA